CACCCAAAAGCAAUAACUGUAGUUACUAGCAAUUAGAUGAAAUCUGAGUUCUCUGCUGAUCUACAGGGUUAUGUCUCUCCCAAGCAAUUUUUCAUCACUUGCAUGUUAUGCUAUGGGUGGGUAGCAUGAUGACUAUUUUCAGAGAGAGUGAAUGAAUACUGAUCCUACAGUUAAAAGUUCCCUUGAGUUUCCUGCACAUCAGCUCGUCUACGUAAGCAGUGAGUACAGUAAAUAAAUGAGCUGUGGCAUGAUCACACUGUGAAUGAUAUGCACUUAAUAAAUGGUUUGAUAUUAUGUCCUUGAGUAUGUUGGUAGCCUGAGAGUGAGAAGGGAGGAAGAUCCACACAUUGGACCUGUGUGAGGCUCUCAAGGCUGCAUGGAAUGAAACAAGCUGCAACAUAAGGACAAACUUUCUGCCUUGUGGCACUUAUAAUACAUACAGAUGAGAGUAUAGUAUUUCCUGUGCUGUAUGCAACAAUAACCCUGGAUUGCACAACAAUUUAUCUGCAAGGAAUUAUGACAUAUUUUAGGUACUUAACUGAAAUACAAUUAUUUCUAAGUGCCAAGACAUUUUUAAAAUGUCUAUUUUUGGUUUCUCUGUAUCCAGGCAUGCCUCUCAAAGUCUCCUAUUGCUCCUUGGGGAACCUUUUAAAUUAAAACCUUUUAUCUUAAUGGGAAUUUGAAUUCUAGCAGGACACUUUUGUGACUGUGCUGUCCGGCAAUCUUAUAUCACUGGAGCAUUUCUUUGCCAACUAGUUCCUUUGAUUAGUGGUCUAAGGAAGAGGGGGUGAAAAAGGUAACAGAGCUGUAGACUGUUGCUAACUAUUCUGAAAAGAUCAGAUGCUAUGGCCAUUUUGUGAAUUAAAACACUUGAGCUCACUUCAGAAAUUGGCAACAGAAAAUUCCUACGGAUUUUAAAGCUACAUGGUGUCAGUAGCUCCUGCACGUAUGGGAACUGGUGCAGCAUUGGAAGGACUGAAAGUAGUAGAGAUCGAGAAAUGCAAGAGUGACAUUAAAAAGAUGAGGGAGGAAAUGGCAGCAAGAAGCACCAGGACCAGCUGUCCCUGUAAGUACAGCUUCAUAGAUGAAAACAAGAAGUUGACACCCCGAAGAGACGUACCAUCCUAUCCAAAGUACAUGCUGUCUCAGGAGACCAUAGAAGCACUUCGGAAACCAACGUUUGACGUCUGGCUGUGGGAGCCCAAUGAGAUGCUGAGUUGUUUGGAACAUAUGUACCAUGAUCUCGGAUUGGUGAAAGACUUUAAUAUCAACCCCAUCACGCUGAAGAGAUGGUUGCUGUGUAUUCAUGACAAUUACAGAAACAACCCGUUCCAUAAUUUCCGGCACUGCUUCUGUGUGACUCAGAUGAUGUACAGUAUGAUCUCACUCUGCAAUCUCCAGGAGAAAUUUCCCCAAGUCGAUAUCUUAAUUCUAAUGACUGCCGCAGUAUGCCAUGAUUUGGAUCAUCCAGGAUACAACAACACCUACCAGAUUAAUGCCCGAACAGAGCUUGCAGUGCGCUACAAUGACAUCUCGCCACUGGAGAACCAUCACUGUGCUGUGGCUUUCCAGAUCAUUGCCCAGCCAGAAUGCAACAUUUUCUCCAAUGUCACCCAGGAACAAUUCAAACGAAUAAGACAGGGGAUAAUUACAUUAAUCCUGGCAACAGACAUGGCAAGACAUGCAGAAAUACUGGACUCUUUCAAGGAAAAAAUGGAUAAUUUUGAUUACUCAAAUGAGGAACAUGUGACCUGCUUGAAGAUGGUACUUAUAAAAUGUUGUGAUAUCUCGAAUGAAGUCCGCCCAAUGGAAGUAGCGGAACCAUGGGUAGACUGCUUAUUAGAGGAAUAUUUUAUGCAGAGUGACCGAGAAAAGUCUGAGGGACUUCCAGUGGCACCUUUCAUGGACCGAGAUAAAGUGACCAAACCAACAGCACAGAUCGGGUUCCUUAAGUUUGUCCUGAUCCCAAUGUUUGAAACAGUAACAAAGCUUUUUCCAGAAGUUGACGAAGUGAUGCUCCAACCUCUUUGGGAAUCCAGAGACCGCUACGAGGAAUUAAAACAACUAGAUGAUGCUAUGAAAGAGUUGCAAAAGAAGAAAAGCACAAGUUUGACAACUGACAGCACAGAGAAGUGAAAAGAAAAACACUCUGAGCUACACAAAAGUCACAAGAACAGAACUGAUGAGACCUUAAAGGUCUGUUGAGUUUGUUCACGGAGUGGAUUGAUGCAGCUAAGUAUCAUGGGAUCCUUCAGCCCGGAGGAAAGAUGGUAGAAAGCCGCCGAGACCAUGGCAAGAACAUAUUUUCUAAGAACUGUUGCUAUCCUCAUGGAUGCAAAAAAAAGGAAACUUUGAUGUAUAGAUUUUUUUUAUUUUUCAACUGCUCUUUUAAAUAAUAUAUUCUUAUACAAACUUGGGUGCUGUAAUUAUUUCCUUUCAUAGAUGUGUCUAUAAAGAACUGCUCCUGUUCCCAAAGAAAAAUGUUUUCAUAAUAUGUAUAUGGAGGAAGAGGUUGGGUGUCGGACUUUUUAAAGGAGCCAUUUUGUAAACAUUUGUGUGUGGUAUAGUGUGUGUCAUAACAGUAAGAACAGAAAAAUGCUUUAUUAUUCAUGUAUGGUUAUGUAAAUAUUAGGAGCCAAAUCCUGCCCUGGUGUAUACCCACAGGACACUACCCCUCACAUGGUUACUAAAGGAAAGGGAGAAAAAGUUUGACUCUGGUGGUCUAGUAGUGUUGAUACGCACUGACACGUGGGAGAGGCAGGUUUAUUUACAAGGCCUAGUCCCUCCCGCCCCUGCCACCCUACUGAGGGCCAGAUUGUGACUGAUCCCUGUGGAGGAGUACAAGGGAGGAGGAUGAGGGGUAAGGAACCAUUGUUUCUUGUGCCCCUGUUGCAGGGGUUAGCCACGAUCGUAGUCCUGGAGCAAUCCUGAGUGCAGGAACUGGUCCCUGCUAUCACUGGCUGGGACACUAGCUGCCAGAGUUGGCCAGCUGCACAAUGGAGUCCCCCUGCUGGGGUAUAUCCAUGGGUGUGCUCUGUCUGUGUGACAACGGCCCUCUUGGCUGACACAUGGGGAACUGAACAGGAGAUGUCCAAACUAAAAACAUGAGCUGCUACAGCUUGAGCUAAAUAGCCAAAGCUCUGUAGUUAGGGACUGCAACAACUCCUAUCCUCUGUGUAUCGACACAGAGGGGCAGAUGUAGCACAUGUUCACCCAGGGUUACAUCUGCACACAAGGGAAUUCCAAGCGGCAUGCGCAAAUGUGCCAGUGCUGGAGUGGUGCUCCUCCAUUCCACCCCCAAUGAAGUUCAUGGCUAGAAGCCUCAAUAGAGCCUGGAACGGGGUUCCACAUGUAUUACCGAGGGCAGAAUUUGGCCCUAGCUUUUUAAAUCUUCACAUGACAGAAGUGUAAGAAGUAUUGCACUGUAGCUUUCACAUAGGUAUGCUUUUAAUCAGACUCUUUUGGUGGAAGAAAACAGGCUGCCAUUUCUGUGCUUUGUCUCCUAGGUUAUUCUGUGGUUGUGCUAUAAAUAUGCAGAGUAGCACAUAAGGAAGGCCUGGUGCCCACGAAUGCUCGUGUUUCUCUUUGAAGGGCACACACACUGAAGCCAUAUGUCUGCAAGCUCCAAAGCUGCAUGUGAAGUCUUAGCUCAGUUUAAAAAGAAAGAAGAAGGUGGGUGGCUAGUCCUUCCUCCUCAUGACACAGGCAACACUUGGGGAAUCUCAGGCUUUCAUUUCUAGGAGUACCAAGUGACUAACACUUGCUCUUUUCAGCCUUGAAGAAUAAUCCUUACCUCCUUUUGUACAGUGCUCUGGCAUUUCAAAGCCUUUAUUCUUCUCUAGUUUGUGUUUGUUAAUUCUCAGCUUAACAUUGUUUCUCCCGGGGUGGAUAUCCCAGUAUUGUGAUCUGCUCUCCAGUCCUCCACAGUCUGGACACCUCCUUGAAAUUUCCAAUUCUUUCCCGUCUUCCUGCUUGGCUGUCCCACUGGCAGAACCACAGUGGGUGGUGCUGACUUUUUCUGUUGCAAAUUGGAUGAUAGCCAGAAGCAAAGCCUGGAUUUGAACACCCCGACAAGGAAAGGUUCUAAACCCAGAUUCAGAUGCAAGUUAUACAAAUACCUUCAUAAUACAAUGAUCCAAAUACCCCUAAACUCUGUGAUGUUUGAGGACUGAAUCUGAAUUUUCCAGCUACCUGUCUUUACUAAAUAUUAUACUCCAGAGUUCAUGAUGAACCAGAUUCAUUUUGCUGUGGAGUUCCUGGUUUCUUUUCACAAGAGAAUCAAAUUCACCAUCUCCAGUUAAGUGGAUUUCCUCCACAAAUCAGCCCCCAAAGCAGAUGUGCUGUGUAGUAAUUACAAACAAUUGCUUUAGGAUAUACCAAGUCCUGCAUUCAACCAGAGCGUUAAAUGCGAAAAUCUCUUGUAAUAAGACCACCUCACCCAACUCAUAAUAAAGAUUUUUAAGUGUUUAUUAUUAUGUUGUGUUACCUCCGAGAUUUCAUUUCAACUGAAAGGCUCUUCAGCAGACCAAAGCUCUGACUCUCCAAGCAUUUGCUUAACUUUACACACAUGAUAGUCUCAUAGACAUUAAUGUAACUCCACACAUGCAUAAAGUUAAGCGUGUGCAUAAGCGUUUUCAGGAUCAGGGCUCAUCAUGAGCUUGAGCCUUCUCCCAUUGAAAUCCAUGAGAGUUUUGUAAUGGACUUAAGUGGGACCAAGCUAAUUCCCCAUCGCGUUUAAGGGGAGCCUGAAAUCUCGGAUUUACUUCUGAAGGGAGAUCACUAUAAAGGACACUGGUGCAACGCUUCUGGCUUUAAUGUAGGUACAUCAGUAUUACUGAGAGGAGAAUUUGGCUCUUACUUACUCAAGCAUAUGCUAAUACCUAUAAUAUAUAUAAUAUAUGUGUAUGUGUGAGCUCAAAUUCUUUUUCCUCUUCCAUGCACUCUCAUUUAGGUGAUCUUUCUGUUGACAGAGUCAUUUUUCCCUUUGGGUAUGAUGGUGAAGAGAGUAUCCAACUCUCUCUAUAUUGUAACAUAUACUGCUGUUAACUAAAGGAACAUACAAAGUGCAGGCAGCUGUUUAGGCAAAAUGAAAACAAGACCCCUUGUUUUAUUAACCAGCUACUGAUAUAAUUUAUAUUUAUUAACCAGCUACUGAUACUGGAAGGCCCCAUCACUUAUUUUGCCUCCUCGGCAUUUGUAGUGUUUUCCAAGCAGUCCCUGUCCAAUUUAUGUUUAAACAUGGGGAUUGGAAGGCAUCCUCUCUUAAUUCUAGUUUUCACCUGUCUUUCCAUAAUAUUUGAUAUUGUGAUUCAUAUGUAAAUGAAUGGAUUUGAUAAAUCCUGGCAAUCAGCCCUUUCAAUUGUCAUGCAUUUUCAGUCUGACAUUUGAAAUCUAUACUUAGCAUAAAAAUGGAGCUUUUGGAGACAUCCAAACAGGCAUCUGAAGUGUGAUUUAGUCUUUUUUUUUUCUAACCCAGUCAAGUAUAUAUCUAUGAAUGUUAUAUUGUAAUAUUAUUUUUGACUCUGUGAUAUGUGCCUUACAAAAUGUUACACUGUCUUCUGCUCAUAUCCUUUGAGCAUCAUUAUUAUCCUGAAUGCAUUCCAGCCCGGUAUUUUUACCAUUAUCCUUAGAGCAUAGGCAAAUACAAAAGAAUUUAUAUCUGUUCCACAUUUUUGGCUUGGAAAACCAAGCUAGGGCUCUGUUUUGUUUUUAAAUAGAGAGAUUUCCCCCGAGUCCUGUACACACUUCACUCUUGGGCAGAAUAUUUCUAAUCAGAUCAAAGUAAGGUCAUAUAUCAUAACUACAUAGCUGGGAAAGAGACAGCUUUAAAAACUUGAAUACUCCACAGCAGUUAAUUUUAAAGGAAAGUUUAGUGCAUGUUAAAUACAUGGACUAUGUAAUGCCAAAUAAAUAUCUGUACAUGGAAAUUGCUAAUAUCAGAGCUGCCUCUGCGGUGUAAUAAUAAUAGCAUCUGUUCCCUAUGGCAGUGAAACACAAUACUGGGUACUGAGGAUGAACCCAUCGUGAAAAGAAAUGUCAGACAGUAUUUAAUUUUCCCAUUUAAAUCAUGGGCUAUUGUUCCAACCUGCCUCUCUGCUCCAGAAACAUUGGAAGCUAGAGAAAGUCUUUGUGCCUG